AUGGUGGCGUCGCUGGUCCGUAACCCGAGUCUAGUUCCGACCUUUGGAAUUUGUUUCUUUGGUGUGGACCGCAUAUCAGGUCAUUCUCUGAGUCCUAAUGUUACAUCGUCCAUGGAAGGAUCCAAGUUUGGAUUCAGGUUGUUUAUAGUCAUGCCCUUUGCUUUGUUUAUCAUUAGAGCCGAGACGGUACCUUACACGAAAUAUGAUUGGUCAGUUUCAGAUCCUCCUCUCUCAUUGGUUAAAAAUUUCGCGAUAUUCUUCCCACCUCCCGUAUACCGCGGAUGUAAAGAGUGGAAUCGAAGGGAACUGAGGAUGGCACAGAGACUUGGCAGGCUGAAGCGUGAGUGCCAGCAGCUGCGUGAUUCACCGCCCUCGGGAGUGUCAUGUUGGCCUGAGGGUGAUAGUCUUGAAACCUUUAGUGCAGUUAUUAUUGGUGAUGAUGAUACUGUAUAUGCCGGAGGAGUUUUCAAAUUAGAACUGGAAGUUCCAGAAAGAUACCCGUUUCAUCCCCCAAAAGUCCGCUUCCUGACGAAGAUAUACCAUCCGAACAUUGACUCAGCUGGAAGAAUCUGCCUUGAUAUCCUCAAGUUACCUCCCUCUGGUGGAUGGAGACCUGCACACAACCUCUCCAGUAUCUUGACCUCAAUUCGCCUGCUUAUGGCUUCUCCCAACCCGAAUGAUCCACUGAUGACAGACAUUGCAGAAGAAUAUCAGUUCAAGAAAUCUCAAUAUGAAGCAACUGCCAAAGAAUGGACUGCUAAAUAUGCUAAAAGUGUGGAGGACACAGCCAAGCCAAGUCAGGAGGAGCCCAAGUCAUCAGAAAAAAGAAGGAACGAAUCAGAUGAGGAAAAUGAAGAAACAAGCAAAAAGGCAAAGAAAUGAGAGAGCAGAAGAUGAUGUAGAGGGAGGAUUUAUGGAUAACUUCUUUGUUUUUAAAUGUCAAGAGGAAAGUGCGCCAUGCAUGCUGCCACAUAUUUGAUUCUCUAUUUUAUGUUACAAGUCACUUAUUCAUAGUGCUGUCCUGUUAAACUUGGUAUUUUAGUAUGAAUAUUAUGUUUUAUAUAGUAAUAUUCUUUAAUAAAUUAUAUUUUUCUGUCCUU